AUUUUUUCUGGUCACCAUCAUGACUAGAAAAAAGGUGAAACUCGCAUUCAUAGGGAAUGAUGCUGCAAGGAGGGCAACAUACAAGAAAAGGAAGAAGGGGAUGCUGAAGAAGGUUGAGGAACUCAGCACCCUCUGUGGCAUUGAAGCGUGUGCUAUAGUUUAUGGCCACAAUGAUCCUGAGCCAGAGGUUUGGCCAUCCCAUUGGGGAGUCCAAAGGGUGGUGGAAAAGCUCAGAACUAUGCCUGAAUUGGAACAACGAAAGAAAAUGGUGAACCAGGAGGGUUUCAUUGGACAAAAGAUCCUGAAGGGUAACGAGAAGGUGAUGAAGCUUAUGAAGGACAAUAGGGAGAAGGAGAUAACCAUGUUCUUGUUUCAAUGCCUUAAUGCAGGUAGGAUUCAGCCUGAUAAUAACAUGACCACUGCUGAUUUGAAUGUUCUUUCAUCUUUGAUUGAUCAGAACCUGAAGGACAUUAGUAAAAGGUUGGAAACGCUGAGUGUUAACGAGAUGACACCAAACCAACCCUUGAUGCAAACACCAGCAUACCAACCCUUGGUGGAAGCACCAUCAUACAACCAAUCCCAUUUGCAAACACCAGCGUACCAACCCCAGACGCAAACUCCAGCAUUGGCAGUACCCAAGAAUGAAGAAAUGGCACUGCUGAAUUAUGGCCAUGGGUUGGAUAUGAGUGAUAACUCCAUGCAAAGGCUGUUGUUUAUGGACUUGCUUAAUAGUAAUGGGGAUGAGACGAUAAUGCCUCCAUUUGGUGAUGCCAAUCUCCAACUCCAAAAUGACUUUUGGCCUGACCUAGGCCUAUUACCUUGAAAAGAAAGGAUGUGCAGGCUUGUUGUCAGCCCUUUGGGGAUGAUGUUUCAGUUCAAUUAUCUUUGGCUUGGUUUGAUUUUUUUAAUUUUUUUUAUUGUCCUUGUGUGUUAAUGUGAAGACACAACGGUAAGUCAUCACUAUCUAGGUACCAGUAGUCUUCACACGAAUUUUUAUUUUGUUACGUGCAAAUGAGCCAUCAUGUGGCUUUGGCUUUCCCAUGUUUAUUUCCUACUUCCACAACUUGGUUAAUCAUUAUGGUUUAUUAUGAGUGUUUCGCUUUUCAAAAUGUGUACAGGCUAGUUGAAUGAAUGAAUAAAGU